AUGAAAAUAUAUUCUUCCGUUAUUUGGAUCAAGGCAGUUGCCUUGAUCAGUGUUCUAAUGAUGAAUAUAUGCAGAGCAGACAUGACAUUGGAAGAAGUGGAGGCCACUCUACAGUUUGCAAUUGCAACGGAUGCAACACCUAUAAGAAUAAAUCCAGAGGGACCUCUUAACUUCCUCCGGGGAUACAUAUAUCAGAAGAUGGACUGUAUGUACAACAAACGGUUUUUCUCCCCACAGAUUUAUAUAGAUUACGCUGUAGAGGAAUAUAUAUAUGAUUCAGAAAUGAAAAGUUUCUAUAUCCACACUAGAGAAGAAAAAAAGGACAGAGCAUAUGAAGCACUACCAGAGAAUAAAAUGGAUGUAUACGCUGAAAAGUACCAUAAUCAUCUGAUUGAGCUAUUUCCAUCACCCACUGGGGACAUAACCAUAGAGACACGAGGAAACCAGUCCUUUUUUCAGUUCCUUCGGGCUAAGACAACAGAGAAACAUGCAUUGCAGAUUCUUGCUAUGCUACUCCUUUUCUCAGAGGGAGUGCAUAUUCCCAUUGACGUCAACAACAAGAAACUGAAGGUGUAUGAAACAGAUAAAAAAGACAAAAUAUACUUUGAAGUGGACAUGAUCAUCCCAUGGUUGAAUAGAGAAACAAAUGAAACGAAAAGGUUUGAACAAAAGAAAGUUAAGCAAAUGAUCAAAUUCUUCCAGAAGUAUGCAACCAAUCAGGAAGUACUUAGCAUGAUGGUGGACAAGUGCUCAUACGAUGAGUUUGCUACAGGAAAGUUCUUAGACAGUCCAAAGUUUCUAAUUCAGUCGUACAUAUUCAGGUUUAUUAGAACGGCAGAGCGGGCAACAGAAUUUAUCCAGACUGUGCACACUAUGACAGAGAAGUACGCGUCUAAGACAGAAGCACCAAGCAAGGAUGACUGUGUGUAUGAUAGACUGUUUAAGCCAGAUGGGACUGAAGCAGGUUCUGACUGCAUUGCCUUAAUGAGGGAGGUAGAGAAUGUUAUGAAUAUGCAUAAGGCCUUUCCAUUUGCAGAUAGCACACAGAUGCCUGCAUACGUAUCUGUUCCUCUGUACAACCGGAAAGACAAGUUGUUUUCUACUGAUUCGUUGAAAGACUACAGCAACUGUGUGGAUUGCAUGAUUCUCUCUCUCUUCUGCUGUCUGGCAUAUGACCCGAAUGACUUCACAUAUAAAACUGACCACAUGGGAAAUGUCUCUGAAGAGCUUGAAGAAUUCUUUGCCCCAGACGAGAACAAGUCAUUUGACACAACAAAGGCUAAGUUCCAGAGGGAGUGGUGCAAAGUUGUUGCAGACCUAGAUGAGCCUAGCAUUGCAUACUGCACGGGAAGAAACGAGCUAGACUGCGGUCUUAUAAACAUGCUCAUGGUUAUUGCUGAAGUGAUAAAUGCUCCAGAGGAAGAAAAGAAGAAAAUACUUAGGUUUUCUCAGUGUUUAAAAGAGAAGAAGGGAGACAUAGAGUAUGAAAUAUUAAAUGAAAUUAAAGAAUACACCAAAGAACUACUUAAACGGCUAUCAAAAACAGAGAAUAUUCAAGUCAAGUUUUCUGAGCUUACAAGUGAUAACUAUAAUGACGAAAGAUAUGAUCUAUCUGGAGAUAUUACUAUAACAUUUGAGCAUAACUCCAUUCAAAAUACGAUAGUUUUGAGAAUAUCCGAAGGGCAUAGUGCCAUUAAUAUGCAGCCAACUAUUAUGAAAUUCAAGGAUGACCGAUUAGAAAAAACGAAUGAAAUAGCAGACAUUUGUAACAGUGGAUCUACAUUUGUUGAAAACUUGUUUUCUACAUAUAUGGGAUAUGAAAUACGAAAGAUUGACACACCCAAGAAGAGUGAGGAGUUUAUGAGGCAGCAGGUGCGCAAAACCGUGGAGAAUGGCUUUGCAGACAUCAAUAGGCUAUUAUUGGUAAAGAAAAUUAGCAGCCUUGAAUAUAAGAGGCAACUAGUCUCCUGUUCUAUUAUAUACAGCAUAGAUAAAAAUUUAACCCCGGCACAUCCUAUUGUUCGCUUUACUUCUAACAUAUUAGGAAGCAGUGAACUAGGUAAUAGGCUUAUUCAACUGGAUAUGCUUCCUUCAAUUGCUUUUGCAGAUCUGCAUACUAAAAACAGCAGUAAUCCCAACUAUCCAAAUAUAAAAAUCUCAGAGAAAAGAUACAUCGAGAUAUGUUCUAACCUAGAUUCAUUUUUCUUGAUUAGUUACGUGCUAGACUGUGAUGUAGAUAUUCUCAUAAGAUGGCUUAAAUUCGAUAUAAACAAUUUUUACACUAGUGGUGAGAUUGAAUAUAAUCCAAUGAUGCAUCCUUCAUUGAAUAAAAGAAUUUGCCAGCAGAUAUUCAAAGAUGGAACUAUGAAGUAUUCUGAUGAGAUUGACAAUAUUAUGAUUGAAAAACACUAUGAAGAGGAAGAUAAGACACUAAGCAUUAUACACUUCAUUUGGGCUGUCUAUCUCGGUAUUGAGGAAACCCCAAAUCUAGAGCUAAUUAAGGCAAACUUAGCUGCUAUUCGAGAAAUCGAGUUUAUUUCACAAAACUGUGUUAUUUUUUUUGGAGAUUUUUCUAUACUCUGGAAUGCUAUUAAAAACCUAAGAAAUCUAAAGGACCAGCUAUGCAGAGAAGAAGAAGAGAUUAGCAGAUUUAACUUCAUUAUGAAAAAAUUUCCAUGGUUUGGAUGA